UCUUAAUUUAAAUUCACAUCUGUGUAACACAGAAGCAUGUGUGUUUGUUCAUGUGUGUUUGUGUGACACAUUCAGUUUGUCGUUUCACAGAUGGCAUCAGCUCUUAAGUUCAUUGUGCUCCUCGUCUUGGUCUGUGGACUUUGGAGUGAAACAAACGCACUAAAGAAAAAGAAAUUAUUAACCAAAUCAUACCUGCCAUGUCGACCACUAUCACUGCUGUGCCAGAUGCCCUUACGGUUGGAUUCGCUAUGGAAACAGGUGUUACAUGUUCUUCUACCAGCAAAUGACCUGGGCUCAAGCAGAGCGUUACUGCACAUACCGCGGUGGGAAUCUGGCCUCGAUCCCCUACGAUGGUGUGCUGGAUUUCCUCAGAGGUUAUGUUUACAGAGUGACUGGUGCGUACAGACAAGUCUGGCUCGGAGGUCAUGAUGCCGUCCAAGAGGGUAUAUGGAUGUGGAGCAACGGUGACAGGUUUUACUUUAAGAAGUGGGCCAAGGGUCAACCCAACAACGGUGGAAGACGAGAACACUGCAUGGAAAUGAACUGCAGAGGGCAGUACGUCAAUGAUGCCUGUUGUGGGCUGAGGAAACAUUUCUUCUGUGCCCGGAAUCUGUGAGAACCUUCACCGCUUGCUGUGGCGUCCACCAAGAGGAAGUCUCUUCUUCACUGAUGAUGUCACUUCCAGCAGGGUGUUGGGCCUCGAUGACAUCACUGUUAGACGUUCUCUUGAAAGUUUGAAUUCUUUUGCAAAUUCAUGAAUAAAUGUUGGUCAUGUUCAGAAAA